CCUUCAAACGAACAAAAAGCAAUUAUUCAUAGCUACAAUUUGAAACAAAUUAUCUGAAUUAAACACAUAUGAUUUAACAUUUCAUGUUGUUCCAAAACAAACAUUCUCACAAUCUGGUGCUUUAUUUUUCAACCAAAAAUGGAUUUGGCCAGUGAGCUAAAUUUCUAUAUCAACGAUGUUCGUCAUAAAGUUUCUGUGGAUAAAUUAUCGCCAACUAUCACUUUAAACUCGUUCUUAAGAGAUCAAUUGCAACUUACUGGUACGAAAAAAAUGUGCGAAGAAGGCGGUUGCGGCGUGUGCACUGUCGUCAGAAAAAUUGAUAACAAGCAAGAAUUUAUUGCUAUUAAUUCGUGUCUCGUAUCGCUUCUAUCCUGCCAGGGAUGGAACAUUUACACGGUCGAAGGACUCGGUAACUCUAGCCAGAGACACGUAAUACAAGAAAGACUAAUCAAGUUUAAUGGAAGCCAGUGUGGAUUUUGCACUCCGGGAAUGGUUAUGAACAUGUAUGCUUUGCAACAGAGCAAUAGUAAACUUAAAAUUGGAGAUGUUGAAAACUCCUUUGCAGGAAAUAUUUGUCGUUGCACUGGCUACAGAUCCAUUCUAGCAGCGUGUAAGUCUCUAUGUAUCGACGCCACUCCUGAAUUAAAAGCUUGUAUAACUGAUAUAGAAGAUGUUCAGCCAUGUAAUGGUCCUAGAAAUAACGCUAUUGAAACCUUAAGCAAAGCGCCUUUUCACUUUUUGUUUCCUAAAGCUACAUGGAUUAAGGUUUACGAGUUUACCGACCUCUUGGAAAUUUUAAAAACUUUCCAGGGAUCCCAAAUUUGUAAGAUUAUUGCGGGUAAUACGGCUAAAGGGGUCUAUAAACAUAAAACUGUGGCUAAUGUAUACGUCGACAUCGCCAAUAUCGCAGAGCUACGACAUCAUAAAAUUAAUGAAAAUUUUCUCCUUCUUGGAGCCAACGUCACUCUUGCUGAUGCUAUGAAGACGUUUAGGAGAUUAUCGAUGUCUAAAAAGGAAUUUGAAUAUUUGAGUCGAGUGGCGGAUCAUAUUGAUCUUGUUGCCACUGUACCUAUACGUAAUAUUGGAACAAUUGCUGGAAAUUUAAUGAUAAAGCAUCAACAUAACGAUUUUCCUUCUGAUAUAUUUUUGCUAUUAGAAACUUGCAAUGCAAAAUUAACAAUUGUUGACACAAGUGGGAGUAGUUACCUGAAAACACCGCACGAAUUUCUAAAAUUCGAUAUGACUAAUAAAAUCAUUAAAGAAAUUCUAUUACCAAAGCUUAAUCCUUUGGAAUAUAAAUUUGGAAGUUACAAAAUUAUGCCAAGAUCCCAAAACGCCCAUGCUUUACAAAAUGCAGGAUUCCUCAUACGAUUUAAUAAUGAUAUGUUAAUUUUAUCAGCUCGAUUAAUAUUUGGACAUGUCAAUGCUCACUUUAUCCAUGCUUCAAAAACAGAACAAUUUUUAAAAACAAAAAAUAUUUUCAAUAACACAAAUCUACAAGAAGCCUUUAAAAUAUUAAACAGUGAACUAAUAUGCGAUCAUAUUCCACCUGAACCUCAUCCAGAUUUCAGAAAAAACCUGGCAAUUUCUUUAUUUUACAAAUUCAUUUUGAGCAUUGCGCCAAAACACUUAAUAUCAAAACGACAUCUUUCUGGAAGAGACUUACUAAUCAGACCAAUAUCCAAUACAGUUCACGAUUACGAUACAAAAGAAUGCAUUUAUCCGCUUGCCAGAGGAAUUUCAAAGGUCGAAGCUAAAUAUCAAGUAACGGGCGAAGCUGAAUACAUUAUGGAUAUGCCAAGUGUUAAGGGUCAGCUUUUUGCUGCGUUUGUUUUAUCCAAAAUUCGUCCUGGAAGUGAAAUUGUAUCUAUAAAUACACAAAAGGCACUGGAUCUCGACGGUGUUGAAGCAUUUUUCGAUAAGAAUUCUAUUCCGGGCAAAAACACGUUCACCCCAAUAGAAGGUGCCGUUUUCGAGCAACCAACAGAAGAAGAAUUAUUUAGCAGUGGCACAAUCAAAUAUUUCUCUCAGCCCAUAGGAAUAAUUGUGGCAAGUUCACACGAAAUUGCCCAGGAAGCUGCUGAAUUAGUAGAAAUCACAUACAAACUAUCAACAGAAAAGCCACUUCUUUCCAUUAUUGAUGUAUUAACACGAGGGGAUACAACUAGAAUAGUGCAAGAGCACAUAGAAGAACCAACUAAAAAAGGUGCUCUGAACAAUACAAGGCAAAUUAGUGGAAGUUUUAAUGUAUCGUGGCAAUAUCAUUACCAUUUGGAAACUCAAUGUUGCAGCGCUAUACCAAAAGAAGAUGGGAUUGAUUUGUAUCCUGCGAGUCAAUGGAUGGAUUUGACACAAUGUGCUGUUGCAGCUGUGUUGAAUAUACCAGCAAAUAGGAUAAACAUUUCAGUGAAAAGGCUCGGAGGUGCUUUUGGUGGCAAAAUAAUGCGAAACGGUCAAAUAGCAGCUGCAACAGCAUUGGCAUGUCACCUUUUGAAAAAGCCUGUUAAAAUGUGGCUACCUUUUGAAACCAAUAUUAGUGCUAUCGGCAAACGAUAUCCAGUAUCGAGUAAAUACAAAGCCCACGUGGAUAGUAAUGGUAUAAUUCAAAGUCUCGACAAUCAAAUCUAUUAUGAUCACGGGAAUGGAAAUAAUGAGCAAAUAGUUUUUUUCAUGCGUGAAGUUUAUAUGGAGACUUAUGAUAGUUCUACUUGGCGGACGGAUACUGGAAUUGUAUUUACGGAUACUCCUGCAAGCUGUUAUACUCGAGCACCAGGUACCGCAGAAGGUAUCUUAUUAAUUGAAUCAAUUAUGGAACAAAUUGCCAUGGAAAUCGGCAUGGAUCCGUUAGAAUUGAAGUUGAAGAAUCUAAAUAACAAGCAUCCCAAGUUAUUGGAGCACAUUAAUGAUUUUCUUAAUUGGGCAGAUAUUUUCGAAAGAAAAUUACAAAUAAAUAAAUUUAAUGAGGAAAACAAAUGGAGAAAAAAAGGUCUCUCAGUAGUACCAAUGGCAUAUCCGUUUCCUAUGGUAUUCGGAUACGGUGCGAUAGUAUCUAUAUACCAUGUAGACGGAUCUGUAGCUGUAGCACACGGUGGAGUAGAAAUGGGCCAAGGAAUUAAUACAAAGGUUGUAGAAGCUUGUGCUUUCAAACUAGGAAUUCCAGUGGAAAAAAUAGCAGUCAAAGCGAGCAAUAAUUUAAUUGCACCCAAUGCUUCAAUGUCUGGAGCCAGUAUAACUAGCGAAUCAGUUUGUUGGGGAGUAAUGAAAGCUUGCGACAUUUUAUUAGAAAGAAUGGCUCCAAUCAAAAAAACCUUAUCCCCCAAUGCCAGCUGGGAAGAAAUCGUUAAACAAUGCCAAACAGAAUUCGUAAACCUAUGUGCCAGUUCCAUGAUGCAAGGGCCAAAAGAAAAAGACCUACAACAGUACUACGUGUACGGCGUAUGUGCAAGUGAAAUCGAACUAGAUGUUUUGACAGGCCAAUAUCAAGUUACUAGAGUUGAUUUGCUAGAAGAUACAGGCGAUAGUAUGAAUCCUGCAAUAGAUAUUGGACAAAUAGAGGGUGCUUUCAUUAUGGGCUUGGGCUAUUUUUGUACCGAAGAAAUUAUACUAAGCGAAGAAGGAGAAACUUUGACAAAUAGAACGUGGAACUAUAAACCUCCAGGUGCCAAGGAUAUACCUGUAGAUUUUAGGGUUAAGUUUCCUAAAAAUUGUCCCAAUGCUGUUGGUGUACUUAAGUCAAAAGCUGUCGGUGAACCGCCACUAUGUUUAGCAGCUUCAAUCCCAUUAGCCAUCAAACAAGCUGUAGCUCCAGCUAGAAGCGAGUUUGCUCCAUCAGCUUCAAAAUGGUAUCCGAUUGAUGGCCCUUGUACUGUAGAAAACACCUAUAGAAAUUGCCUUCACCAAUUUAAGCACUUUACCCUUUAAUUAUUCAAGUUUAAUAUAAAAUUAGAGGGUGCAGGUACAUUAGUUAAAUUAAACCAAGUAGGUAGGAAGAUUAUAUUUCAAUAAAGCCUUUGAAAUCUCA